CAUGUCCAGCACGUAUUUCAACGACAUCUGGCAUCAAUCGCAGCAUGAAUGCGAGCUGCUGUCCACCAUUGACUAUGAAAGGCAGCACCAGGAUGUGGAGACGACGGUGGCCACCAUGAACGCCGCCGUUGGCUCGGUUGCCGCCGAUGCGGAUGCCAAGGCCCUGCUGCAGUCGAGCCUGUACGAGUUCUAUCUGCGUUACAUUUGCUUGAGCAAUCGGUUGGAGGAUGUCUACGAUAAUAUGAUUCAGCCCCAGAAGCGUCAGUUGGUGCGUAAGUUGCUGGACGCCUGUCUGGGUCGCGUGGUGGAGCUUAAGCACGACCUGGUGAAUAUAGACCUGAUGGAGUUCAGCUACAACGAUGAGGUGGUGGAGCGCUUGCGCCUCACGCCCAUGGAGACGGAGCUGCGGAUUCCACGCUACUUUCUCCGUGAGCGCCAGCAGGAGCUGGAGUUCCGCAAGAAAACCAUGCAGGAGAUCCUAGUGAAACUGGGCUGGCUGGAAGAGCAUGAGAUGGAGGAGACGGUGACCACCGAGAUAGAGGCCAUACGGAUGCUGCAGAUGCAUGAGCGGGCGCGUCAGGGACGCUUGCGUGCCCACUUCAUGAAGGAGAUCCGCAUCCUCAAGGAGAAGGGCAAGUCGGAGGAGCGCAGCGAAAAGGAGCGCAGUGACUCCGGUCUCCUGGCCGCCAUGAAGAUACAGAAAAUGUGGCGAGGCCACACGGCACGGCGGAUCACGAGGCGCCGCAAGAUGGAGGAGAUGAUCCUGAUUGGGAUGCUGCCACCACCGGCGGCUGUGCUGAAGGAGCGGGCCGAGAAACUGGAGAAGCUGCAGCACAACGAGAAGCGCUACCAGGCGCAGGCUCUUUACGGCGAGCAGUUUGAGGAGCGGCAGCGCGCCCUCCAGGAGGAGAUCCGGGCCAAGCAUGGAGCCAGUAUGAAGGAGGACAUUGCCGAUGAGAUCCGAGCCUGGGUGAAGGAUUGCUACGACAAGACGGGCAAGCUGCCGGACUUUCCCUCGGAGGAUCAGGGGGGCUCCUUGCACAUCUUCAGUAGACCUGGAACGGAGAGCGAGCACAGUCGCUCUUCGGCCCGAUCCUCCAAGGAGUCGCGAAAGACCAAGGACAAGUCGAAGUCGCCGGCGCGUAGCGGCGACCUGAACGUCAACGAAAACCAGGAGGAGGAAGUCAGCUUCCAGCCGGCACCCUCCGUCUGCCUGCCAGACAUCCGAGCGGAAAUAGAUCUCUUUAAUGACACCUGGCGAGACAAGGACGAAACCGGUGUGCUGAGCCAGGCGGCCUACGAGGACAUGAUCUACAGCGACAAGUAUCAGGAGGUGGAGCUGGAGUUCCGCCGCGCCGUCGACGACGUGAUGCGCCAGGAGAUCGAACUGCUGCAGACGGCAGUUGGCAAGAAGGUCAAGAAAAGCAGCAAGAAGACACGUCGCUCCGGCAAGAAGAGCAAAAAGAAGAAGGAGAAGGAUCUUACGCCGGAUCGCACCACGGAGUCGCUGUACGAGGAACUGGUAACGAAUGGCAUAAUACGGAAAUACCCGGAACUAAAAAUAAAACAGUUCCUCGGGGACAAGGCGUUGACCGCUAGGAAUGGCACGAAUCCCUCGCCGGGCGACAUUCGCCAGAUCCUGACGGAGUACUGCAUCCUUCCGCUCGGAUCGGAUGCCAUUCACAACUGCACUCCGCUUAUACGCUCCAUUCUGCUGGCUGGACCCAGGGGCUCGGGAAAGAAAGCCCUGCUCCACGCCAUUUGCACCGAGGUGGGAGCCGUGCUUUUUGAUUUGACACCGGCUAAUAUAGUGGGAAAGUAUCCUGGCAAAUCGGGCCUUAUAAUGCUGAUUCACCUGGUCCUCAAGGUGUCUCGAUUGCUCCAACCAGCCGUCAUCUACAUGGGCGAUGCUGAGCGACCUUUCAUGAAGAAAAUCCCUAAGACCGAUCGCACAGAUCCGAAGCGGUUGAAAAAGGAUCUGCCCAAGAUGAUCAAGAAUAUUGCCCCCGAGGAUCGGGUCAUUUUCGUGGGCACCUCAAAUUUGCCCUGGGAGGCGGACCAAAAGCUACUGCAAUCCGUCUACAAUCGGUUUAUCUAUAUUCCACGUCCCGAUUAUGGGGCCAUGUCGCAUGCCUGGAAAACAUUGUUGCACGAGGCCGGAGGCAUAUCCAAUUUAGAUACCAGUGCCAUGGCCAAGAUUUCAGAUGGCUAUACCAUUGGAGCCAUCGAUGCCUGUCUCAAGGAGGUAAUGACCUGCAAGCGGAAGCUCCAGUUACGCACUCAACCACUUACAAAUGCCGAGCUGAUCAAUGUUCUGUGCUCUCGUGAUCCUGUCUAUCGCGAGGAGGAGGAAGCCUUCGAGUCCUGGUGGUCGAAAACGCCGCUCGGUCGCCGACGUCAGAGAUUUCUGGAGCUGGAGGAGGAGCGCUUGCUGGAGGAGCAGGCUCAGGCAGCCAAGCAGGGCAAUGGGAACAAAAAGAAGGGUCUCAACUGA